AACCUCUGCCGUCGAAUUGGCUUCAAUCUACCAUUGUUCCUAGAUCCAGGAUACCUCACAUUCAUAACAAAAAGUUGACAUCCUAGAUUCAACUUUCAUUCUGCCUGCAAUCGUUUUCACUUCUCGACUUUCUACCCUAUAUUGUUUUGGUACCCCACUACGUACUUCCGCCACUCCCUCUACAAUCUCCCUCGACCCUUGAGGCACGACACGAGUGAAACACCGCCUUCAAGAUGCUGAACUCGACAGUUGCCUCGCCGGUGACCUACACAGACUACUUUAACGACAUUUCUCAAUAUAACGUCCACCUCAACGUCUUCGAACGGGCCUGGAUGGCAUGGUACGCUUACAUGCAGAACGAUGUUCUCGCCACCGGCAUCAUGUCUUUCACCCUACACGAACUUAUUUAUUUUGGCCGCGCCUUGCCGUUUAUUAUCAUGGACAAGAUCCCUUACUUCCGAAGAUAUAAGAUUCAAGCUCAAAAAAUGCCUACAUUGUCAGAACAAUGGGCCUGCGCUCGACUUGUCCUCCUCUCCCACUUCACUGUCGAGCUUCCCCAGAUCUGGCUGUUCCACCCCAUGGCCCAAUACACUGGCCUGUCAACCACGGUUCCUUUCCCUUCUUGGGUCACUAUGGCAUGGCAGAUUUCCUUGUUCUUUGUCCUGGAAGAUGCUUGGCACUACUGGUUACAUCGCGCCCUACAUACCCCUCGCCUCUACAAGAUGAUUCACAAGCUGCAUCACCAGUACAGCGCCCCCUUUGGCCUCGCUGCCGAAUAUGCAUCGCCUCUGGAAACCAUGAUUCUUGCAUUCGGAAGCGUCGGCAUUCCCAUUGUGUUCUGUGCCAUUACCAAGAAUCUGCACAUUGUCACCAUGUAUAUCUGGAUCGUUCUCCGUCUGUUUCAAGCCAUCGAUGCACACUCCGGCUAUGAGUUCCCGUGGAGUCUGCACCACUUCCUUCCCUUCUGGGCUGGAGCCGACCACCACGAUGUCCACCAUGAAAAGUUCUUGGGAAAUUAUGCCAGCUCAUUCAGAUGGUGGGAUGCUGCCUUGGACACCGAUAUUGGAAGCUCUUGCGGCAACGCCAAGAAACGCGCUGCCAACGCAAAGCUCGAAAAAUCGCAGUGAUGAACAAACAGAAGCAUUAGUAUUCUGCGGACGGAGCCCUCGACCGCCUCUGUCGUACAUAAAUGGUCGAAGCAUUGGACAAUGUUGCAUGGAGCGUUACAUGGCGUUGGAUGGUCGGACAUGAUAGAUUGGACAGGGGAGUUUGGUGGCUGGGCUGUCGUUCACUCGAAGCUUGUACACUGGAUUUGUCGUCAAGAUACUGUUACAUACUGUAAUCAUACAAUUAUUACCCUUCCG